AUGGCUCAACUUAACCUCCGCUCAGCAUCACAAUCUUCGAUUCUCACGACCAAGGGCGAAGUGGAAGCUGAAAAUUAUGCACCGGACAUGGUAGAAAUUGAUCAUACGGUGGAAUUGCUUUCCACGCACUUUACUCGUUUCAUGGAUAACCAUAUGGUGUUGGUUGGCGCAGCCAAGCCCGAAGAGCUUGCGGUCCACGACGCAUUGUUAGCAAAAAUGGAACUAGCCUAUAGAGUGGUGUCCACUAAACGGCAACGGUUGCGAAUGGCUGCAAAGGAAGAUGUGGCUUCAGUUCGCAGAAUGGCAGAAAUGAAGCUUGACCCCAUAAAGCUACCAAUUUUCGAUGGACAACAAGAGAACUGGCUUGUGUUCAAGGAUAUGUUCGAAUCCCUUGUUCACAACCGAGCAGAGUUCGACCCAACAUAUAAGCUUAGUCGUUUGCGCCAAUGCAUAAGGGCGGAUGCUGUACCCACGGUAGCGUUUACACUGGGGGUUACGAGCAGCUUUGGGCAGAGCUACAAUCCACGACGCUUAGUUGAAGCACACAUAAAUAGACUACUGGAUCUGCCAGAACUUCCAAGUGAGUCACAACGGAGAAUACGCGAUGUUAUUGAUGUGGUGCGUAGUACAUUGCGGGCCUUAAAUGUGAUGGGCCUACCUACGGAUCAGUGGGAUGCCAUUAUGUACCCCAUCAUUCUUCGGAAGCUGCCGUCCGCUACAGUCGCGCACUGGACGAUUAAAAGCCACUCAGAUAAGCUACCUGAGCUUCAAGGCAUGUUAGAAGAGGUCGAAACUUACGCGGACACCCUCCGUAGCGAUUCAAUGACGCAGCAACGUCGCCAGCAGCCACCGCGUUCGGCCAAGUCUCACAUGGUGACAGCUUCGGUUACCAAUGCAGCGGCGCGUCCGGUGCUCAACUGUCCACAGUGUUCAGAGCCACAUCGCCUGAUGAAAUGUCAGCAGUUCCGCUCGUUGGCCGUGGAUCAGCGCCUGCAUCUGGCUCGACAAGGAUCACUGUGCUUUAACUGUUUGAGCCCGGGGCAUACGGCCCGCGAGUGUAGCUCCGGCCUUUGCCAUAUAUGUAAGCAAAAACAUAAUACGCUGCUUUGCAAAACCGCUCCGUUGGAGAAAUCAUCGGGCAUACCCAAUAGCGGUCUACGCACCUCAGCCGGAACUACGACGAUGUCGGCCACAUCAGAUUGCAAGACCGGACCACAAGUUCUACCCCGAGUUGAUGCAGUGCAGACUCUACUGGCACAAUCAGAUGACAUAGUGCUGUUAGCCACCGCUAUCGCUCCCAUCUUGAACGGGUGUGGAGAAGAGCGAAAAUGUCGCAUACUCUGUGACAUGGGUUCACAGGUGAGCUUUGUUACUGAGUCUUUGUUUAAUGAGCUAAAUCUCCCUAGAAACCGAAAGGAACUGGUAAUAGAAGGUAUAGGCGCUCAAGACAAGGUGGCUUCGCGUGGUCAGGCAACGUUGACAAUGCGCUCUCUCUACGAUCCAGAGUUGUCGUUCGAUGUGCAUAUCCUACCUACUAUCCCGUCUAACAUUCCAGCAGUACCCGUAGAUGCCAGCAUUCACAAGCAUCUAGAAGAUCUUCCACUAGCGGAUUCUACCAUUCAUAUACCAGGGCCCAUUGAAGUGUUAGUUGGAGCCGAUGUGUGGGGCAUGCUCCUCUGUAAUGGUGUCGUAACUAAUAGACCAGGCCAACCAAGCGCUCUCCAAACGCGACUCGGCUGGGUUGUCUUGGGGCCCACAUCUCCGAAGAACGUCGCGCUGCCAGCGUUGCGCAAUUGUACCGAAAAUGCCAACGAAGAUCGGCUUGACUACUUACUGGAGCGAUUUUGGCUACAAGAGGAAGUUUCGCCCACCCCGCCCAAAGAUGAUGAUUGUGAGGCGAUAUUUCGUAGAACGGUUUCACGCGACUCCGAGGGUCGGUACGUUGUUCAAAUACCUUUCCACCCCGAGGCGCCAGCUCUAGGAGAUCCAUACAGAAAUGCUCUUCGUCAGUUUUUGCGAGUGGAGCGCCGCUUACACAACGAACCGGACAGUGUAGAUAAUAAAAAGGGUAGAAGAGCACUGCAAAGUUCGCAAUGCUUUCCUAAAAGAUGUAUCAAUCUCCGCAAUUGCAAAUCAUGCAAGUUGGACCUUAUACAAUUAAAAGUGUACACCACCAGCCAGCAACCAUUAGCAGUGCCGUAA